GACGAGCAGCCUGCCGCUUGCGCGCCGGGGCGCCGAGCCCGGGAGCGGGCCCUGCGGCUGGACGGGGCGGACGCCGCCCUCCUCGGCUGGAGCGGCCCCACGAGCGGCGGCGGCGGCGGCGGCGGAGGGGCGUCGUGGCCGGGGCUGCCGAGCGGGUGCCCGGCCGGAGCGGGCGAGGCUGAGGGCGAUGCCGCUGCGACGGGGCGGGCGGCCAGCAUGGAGAGGCUGGCGGCGGCGCUGGGGCGCGUGGCGUGGAGCCCGGGACCGCCGCUGCCGCUCGACCUCAUCGUGGCCAAGUGUCGCCUGCCCGCCCUCGUGCGCCCCGGGCCUGGAGAAUCCAUGGAGGGGGUGAAUGAACAGGAUGUGCUUUUCGUUCAUUCCUGCCGCCAGUGGACCACAGUGACAGCUCACAGCCUCGAGGAGGGUCACUACGUCAUUGGGCCCAAGAUUGACAUCCCUCUCCAAUAUCCAGGUAAAUUUAAGCUGCUGGAUCAGGACAGGGACGUCCGAGAGCCAGUCCAGUACUUCAACAGUGUGGAGGAAGUGGCCAGCAUCUUCCCAGAUCGAGUGUUUGUGAUGGAGGCCAUCACCUUCAGCGUCAAGGUCAGCGGUGCUUCCGCAGGUUAGCCCGAGGUGUACAACUUCACGUUACACGCGGGGGAUGAGCUAACGCUCAUGGGGCAGGCAGAGAUCCUGUGUGCCAAGGCUGCGAAGGAGAAGUCACGCUUCAAUACGCUGCUUCGCAAGCUGGGGAAAGUGGGAGGCCCCGGCGGCGGCAGCGGUGGCAGCGGCGGGAACGGCAGUGGAGGUGGCGGCAGCAAGCAGCUGAAAGGCAAGAUGCCCUGCCUGAUCUGCAUGAACCACCGGACCAACGAAAGCCUCAGCCUGCCCUUCCAGUGCAAGGGGCGCUUCAGCACACGCUCCCCGCUGGAGCUGCAGAUGCAGGAGGGAGAGCACACCAUCCGCAGCAUCAUCGAGAAGGUGCGGCUGCCCGUCAAUGUGACCGUCCCCAGCCGGCCGCCUCGCAACCCCUACGACUUGCACGUCAUCCGCGAGGGCCACUGUUACAAGCUGGUGAGCAUCAUCUCCAAGACGGUGGUGCUGUGCUGCAUCCUCCGCAGGGACGAGGUGGCGCCCUUCCACUUCCUUCUGCUCACGGACAUGCCCCGCUUCCUGCUGCCGGAGGGGAUGUUGCGCGGGGGUGGAGAUCCCCAGCUCGAAAAGCUCUUGCAUGAGUGUGCUGCCCUCUGCCAGGAAUGCUUUGACCCCAAUGAAUACUCCAAGGCUGUGCGCGAGGCCAAACCGGACUUCUCGGAAGAGUGCGCGAGCCCACGCCGUGUGCGGCUCUGUUUGCAGGGCUAUGCCCAUGACGAACUGGCCCAGUCCCUCCAGCGUCUCUCGCUCUGCCUCUAUAGCGCCACCGAAAGUGGCCGCCAGGACCCUGCCCCGGGAGGGCGGAGUCAGCGAUUGCUCCUCCCCUCCUACCAGGAGCACCCCACCCUUACUGAGGCUUCAGACUCUGAGCGCGAGUACAUGACGCCCGACUGGGCUGAACCCACAUUCCGGACUCCGGAGCUCCCGUACGAGGAACUGUGGACCAAUCAAAGCGCUGAGAACUACUCAGAGCCCAGCAGCAACCUGCCAGGAUUGGAGAGUGCCAGCAAGGGCCAACGUGAUCUCAUCUCCUUUGCAAGCAUCUCCUCCCCGUUUGGUUCCCCACGUUGCCAAGGCCACCUGAAGGCCGAGCCUUUGGGGGAGAUUCCUCCCCCUGUCCCACCCAAAUCUGAAGCAGUGAGGGAGGAGUGCCGCCUUCUCAUUGCACCCCCAGUGCCUCCACGAGGUGGCCACCCGCCCGCCUCUGCCAGCCCUCCAGUGCCUCUGCGCUUCCCCAAGCUCCAGCCAGCUGCUUCGCCCAGCUCCAGCCUCUCCUACUACUCAUCUGGACUUCACGACAUUGUGUCAAGGCCACGGAGUGGCAGCUGCUCCCCGUCUCCCGACUCCUACUCCCUCUACUGCUAUCCCUGUACAUGGGGUGACUGCAAAGCUACUGAGCCCUCCACCCGCCAGCUUUCUAGCCCCCAGGCACAAUCGCAGUCUCCAUCGCAACCCACACAGGUGUCUUCGUGGUCAGAUCCAUGGGCCUACAGUGACCUGGGAUCCAGUGUGGCAACAGGGCGAUCCACCCCGCUGCUGGGAAGUGGUGACUCCACCACCAUCAAGAGCUACCACAGCUGCCCCCGCCUGAAACCUCCCCACCCUCAGAAACGCUUUGCCCCCUUUGGGGCUCUCAACCCCUUCGCCAAUCCAGCCUAUUCAUCCAGCCCGGCUUCCUCUGGCUCCUCAGACUGGUUGGAGUCUCUUGAGUGGCAGAAGCCCGCUGCGUCCUCUCCAGAGAACUUUGACCCCUUUGAGGGCACUUCCUCCCCAGAGGGGGAGCCACACUACAGCCCUGCACCCCCUCCUCGGCUGACAAAAGCCUUUGAGCCAACUGAAAAUAUUGUCAUCCGCACGGCUGUGGCUCCAUUGUCUCCUACGGUUGUUCAUGGUGCUGAAGGAGGGCUCCCUCGCUUAUAUUUGGCCCAAGGGGUCAUUGAGGUGCCACCUGCCCGGCUCAAUGGGGAUGGCUCGCCCUGGCAGCCCCCGGCAGACCUUUCCACUCUAUCACUUGAGGAAGUGUCCCGGUGCCUACGUUUCAUUGGCCUCUCUGAGGACGUGGUUAGCUUCUUUGCCCGUGAGCGUAUCGACGGCAGUAUUUUUGUACAGCUCACGGAGGAGAUCCUAUCGGAGGACUUCCACCUCACCAAACUUCAGGUCAAGAAAAUCAUGCAGUUUAUCAAGGGCUGGAGGCCUAAGAUCUAGAAUGUACAGAAGAACCAGAGAGCAGCACAGAUGGUUCCUCCUUGGAACUGAGGGACAUAGAUGGUCUUCAGCAAAGACACCAGAUUCACAGCAGAAGCUAGGAAGGGUGGGGGACCAAGCUCUAGCAUGGGGGGACUGCAUGUAUCCUUAGACGAAUCUGUUGGGCUAAGACUAAUGAAGAGGGCUGGGUAAGCCUUACCCAUAAUCUUGUGACUGAGGAGUGGGAGAGAGGAUUAAUGUCAAGAGAGAUGGGAUAACAGGAUUCUUCUCACACAUAGGGGGCAAUGACAAGGCCUCACCCAUAGCCAGCCUGGCUGCCACUCAGUAAAGAAUGGUACAACCCUACCUGCCUUUGUGAGCAAUCACAACUGCAGAAGGUUGGCUUGCUGGUUUCUAGCAAGGCUUCAGCUAGAACUCGGAGCUUCUGGUUCAACAGGCAGAACCCAAGAACUAACAAUUGCCACCCGCCUCGACGGGGACAUAGUCCUGCCAGGCACCUGGACCUGGUGUUGGGGCCACAGGCAUUGCCGUCCACUCCUCCUGUAGAGGGACAGCCUGUGGCUUCUCUGUUGAGACUGCACAAGAGACUGUUGCUCAGCUCCCCACUCCCAAUGCAACUAUUGAGCACCCAGAGCACACAUAUUGUAAACAAAGGGCUGGAGCGUCCUUGCAUGGUAGAGGCCAUGCAGUGAUUUUGCCUGCUCACAGGAAGGCCUGGUGCUAGUGCAGCCUUAAGGAAUGGGAUCUUUCACCCUCCCUAUGCUGGUGGCAGGGUAGGGAACAUUCCACUUCCUGGCCAUGGCCUUUACAAGGUUGGUUCCAGCAGCUUCUACCAAUGGGAUGGGUGGGAAAGGUAGGUAGGUAGUGCGUAUCAGUUCACUGUUUCCGCAGCAGGGAGAGCAACAGUUCAGUAGUUUAAUUCUGCCUUGCACUACAAGUUUAAAAUCAGGGCAUCCUAGCUGCCUCCUUAUCUUCUAGCGGCUUUUGAACUUGCAAGGGCUGAUGAGGGACACUCCAAGUCCAGGAAAUACUUAAAGAGUCUUAAAGAAACACUCUUGGGACAAAAAAACACUUUCAUGCUCUUGAAACACUUCCCCGUAAAGUCUGGAGAAAUUGCUCCUAGGUUCUUGUAGCUAGUUCCCCUCUUGUGGCAGAAAUUAGUGCACUUGUGUCUGGACUGUACCCCUGCAACAUGCAGGAGUGGUGUGGAAGAAUGGUCUGUUUGAAAACUCCCCUACAGAAGAAUUUCUCACCUGUUGAAAGAUAGCCUGCCAGUGAGGACUCUAGCAUAGCCAUUUGCCUUAAGUAUGCUUCCUGUGUGCAGAGAAUUUUUAUACAUAUAGAAGAGUAGCAGUAAAUCUCCCUCACAAAAACCCCCAACCCUACAGUUCUCUGUUGUGAGACAGGCCACCAGAUGUUGCACCAUUUAAUUCAGCAGCAGACUUUGUGGAACACUGAAGCCUUUUCCCAAAUACUUGAAGCUCCUUAUGUACCCUGUCCUCUUUUCCAAGCACAUCUCCACUGCCACGAUGCCUAGUACUGAGGGUGGGACAGAGGCGUAGCUCCCAGGGGACUGGGGGGUGUAUGUUGCACCGGGCGCACUUGGG